AUGUUCCGACGAGUGAACCUGAUUGUCAGACAAUACCUCGGACUCAGCAAUGAGUCCGAGGAACCGCAGGAGGACCUUCGCCGCGAGCACCCAACCACGCUCUCGCGGCACCCCUCGGACGUCAGCAAUUCGGUCGAUGAGGAUCUGGACGAGUACGAGGGUGAUGCCUCUGAGUUUGGAUCUGAGGCCGAGGUGAGCUCAUCCGGCUACUAUUUGGCUGAUGAUGGCCUGGACGAGCUGUCUGAGAUCUCCGAACUCUCCAACCUCUCCGGGAUUUCCGGGUUCACAGAGUUCGAGAAGGAGAUCGAGGAACAGCAGAAGGGUGGUUCCUUCUUCGAGUUCAGGUCGGAGGUCACGUUGGAGUCCGACUCCGACUCUGACGAUUCCGACUCUGACGAGUCGGAAUCUGACGAGGAGGAAGAAGUCGGCGACGGCAUGGACUUUCAGGGUGAUCCCUGGCGCAAGCCCGCAUAUGCUGUCGAGCUGGACCGGUCCGACAUCUCGGACGAUGCCAUUGACUCGGCUUUCGGAAGAGACUUCGUCAUGGAUAUGAGGGAGUCAUUGGCAUCGUCCGUGACUGUGAGGCGUGAGCUCCCUGACGAUGCAGAGAUGGAAGACGUCGGGUUCGGGACGUCUGAAGUUUCCGCUGUGCCGGGGGAGGAGGCUCCUCCUGCACCUGCCGGCCAGCAGUCAAUCUGCAGCCUCGACGAGGCAGUGCUAACAACGAUGAUGCCCGGGCUCCCAGGAGGAGAUUCGUCUCUUCCUGCCUGCCAAGGUCCACCUCCUGUGGGCCGGACGCAGGAGCAGGUAGACGAGGCCAUUCGCUACCUGCUGGAGUUCUCCAGGACCUACCCGGCCGCCUGGGAGGUCCUGCUCGGCCAGUAUUUGGAUGCUCCCACGCGCACUUACUGGCCGAGGCAGAGUUGUUGGUUGGGAAGGCAAUCGUCGUGGAGUAUGGGAGCCGAACCCAAUGCUGGAAAUCAAGCGCCGGUUCCAACCUGGUUCGGUCCCGGUCCCAUACUCCUGCCCGCAAGGGCCAGACGGUUCCUUCCUGCGGUCCAUGGCUGCCCAGAUCAUGCAGAACGAAGACGUGUACCGAGCGGCCGUCGAUAUCUGGGCAGAUGGACUGACUGCGAUCGACGAGCCUGCCCUGGAGCACCUCCUGGCACGUGCAGGAUGGUGUCGGCAGGCGGAAGCCUGUCAUGCGUGGGACAGUGCCCGCCGCUUCCUCCAGGAACUGCUGGCCGCGCAGGCGUGUUAAAGAGGGCCGUCGUCACAUCUGUGACGGCGGCCCGAGUGUGCCAGGGAGAAAACAAUUCGCCGCGCCAUCCCAACCACAUUGGCCACUCUCUCUUUCUCUCACCACCACAUCGGUCCGGACCAAGGCCUCCACGAUGGAGUACCACUUUGUGCCCCCCGAGGAGCGCGCAAGAGACGAGAAAGGAAACCUCCUUCCAUGGGGGUAUAUCUACAAGGAGUGGGUUUUUCCCACCACCAAACAUCGCACUGACUGGAACUCUCGCUGACAUGAUUCCUUUGCCCAGCGAAUCUCGCAAUCCCAGAAGACCGCCAGAAGAGACCGGGCCGUUUGGCCGAAGACGCAACGCUCGUUACGACCACGCGCGAUCGCGCACUCGCACUGGAACACCUGCCAAGAAGGAGAAUCCCAACGUCGCCGAGUUCAGCCGCCUGUUUGCACAGCAGCAAGAAGAGGAGCGCGCCCACAGCAGCCUGCCCAAAUCGUCAUCGUCGUCGAGUCUUGAAGGGUCCAGGAAGCCGACCGAAAAGGUCGCGACUGAAUGCAUUCUCUAUGGCUACAAGAACAAGGACUCCGAGUGGAAGGUCAUCGACAAAUACGAACGCAUCUCUCAGGGCAUGAUCUGUGAAGACUACCCCCGCAGCGACCCCAAUGCGACGAACAAAUCCUCUCACCUGCUCAGCGGUGGCGACGUCGUGAUUCGCGCCAAUCUGACCGCUGAUGCCAAUCGCAAGUCGAAGCGAUAUGCCGGGGGCUACCACUGGAUCAAGGUCACGUUUGACUCUACCACCGCGGCCGAUCGCGCCUGCUUCUUUUCUCCGCAAGAAAUCGACGGCCACCUUGUGUUCUGCGAGCUCUACCACGGGCAAGGACCUGCUGAAGACAUUCCUAUCCCGAAAGGAUCGGCUGAAGCCAACCGCACCCGGUCGAAAGUCCAUCACACUCUCACGUCGUCUCACUCGACUUCGUUCCUGCAUAGCAAGGAACCGGAACGUUCGACCAUGCCUCGCUCAUUCACCAUGAAUAAUCUCUCGACGGUUGGCGAUAUGGAUGAGGAAGAUUCUCAGCUGUCUACUGCAACAGCAAGUUCCGCCACUGCAACGGCUACCGAGCAAGCUCCCGCCCUCCGCCAGCGACCUGUCCAGGAGUCGAAACCCGAAUCCGAGUUCAUGACACACAUCCCCACCGUCCGUCGUGCGGUCCUCCGUCCGAUCAGCGAGGCCCUGCCUCCUCAGCCGACCGUCAGCGAGCGCAUACUUCGUUCCAUCCCUAUCUUAUCAUGGUUCACUGGCGACAUUGUUGGUGACGGCCCGCAGUUUCGCGAAGACGGCACUUUCGACUACCAGAAAUCGAAUCUCUACUGGCGCUUUUGGUACAUGAUCGACCAGAUCUUGGGCACGGACUUUUGCGGAUUGAAGGAAGAGUCCUAA